CUCCUACGACGUCCGCCAUCAUGUUCGAAGAUGAGCAACGUCCUUGGCAGAACGGAGGGUGACUCUAGACAGCACCGAGAGCUGUCGUUCUUUGGCACCCCGUGUGGACGAAGUCAGUCUUCUCGUCAACCCUUACGAGGCGGACAUCGCCAGCUGCCAUAGUCAGUUGCUAACUACAUGAUGACCGCCUCCUCACCCACCCCACCCCACCACUCCACUCCGCCGCGCCGAUUUCUCGGACAUCCAAGCCUAAGCCCAUGUGGUCGUCUCCACCCACAUCCUCGACUCGAGCUACAGACCAUGCUACGGCCCGAUCAACAGCGACACGCGGCGUGAUUAGUACUUCACCACUAACCUCGGUCCGGCAUCGCCGUUCGCUGGCCGGAGGUGGCGAGCGGUAUUGCCCCGCUGCGUCUGGGCUUUGGACCUGAAGUUGGCGGAUGCCGGUCGGGGGUCGGCCUGGGGCCCAACCGCUGGCCCAAACCCACCCCACUCCCCCCUCAGCCCACCUCAGUCCCCGCAGGGUAGCGCGCGCCGAGUCAAGUGUAAAUGGAGUCAGGCUGCCAGGGACGUGGCUUGGCCAGAGUACUUUCGGCCCGCGCCGGCUCGGCAAUGAAAGCCGUUGGUUGCUGCGCCUGCCCUCGUUCGUUCCGACCUACAUCCAGCUGCAAAGGUCAGCAGAUGGCAGGCAGGUCCUGUGACUCUGCUAACAUCUGACUACUCACAUUGUCCACCCCCGAUUCAUCGGCUCCUCCACCCGCUACACCUCGCCGCGCCUCGCCGACCGGACGCCCGAUCUCACCGACCUCGCCGAGCUCGACGCCGUCGUCGUUGGCACCUCUGGCCGAGAGAUAGCGUCUUUGAGAGCUGGCAUACCGAUUUCACGGGGUACUCUGCAGCUGUCAGCUCGCUCGCGCUGGUGGAGGAGCACACCACCGCGUGAUCACUCGACCUCGUGACCGUCCUCAAGCCCCACCUCCCCCACUCGGCGAGAAGUCCACCUGUCGCACAAACCGAGAUCACCCAACCCCGCCACCUCGCCGACAUCUCGCCGACUCUCGCCGCGUCUGCACCCGCGCUCACCACUAUCUGGCGCCUGUGCCCCUCGCCACCCAAUACCUCGGGCCGAGGGGGCAGCCGACGUGCCGUUUAAAACUCCUCAAGCAGCCUCGAUGGGACCCCACACCUCCACAUCGCUCUGACAUCAUGGCAGCGACGACCGACACCAAGGCUGCGACCUCGCACAUCGAAGACACGGACGUCGACCUCAAGGGCAGUGCUGGUGUGCACGUUGCCGGCACGGAGAACGACGCAGGUCUCGCCGUCGUCGACCAGCUCGAGGUCCUCCCCUCCAGCGGCGAGCGCAUCCCCGUCUCCAGGUGGGAGUACUACACUUUCAUCCUUUUCUACUUCCAGAACAAUGGCUCGCCGAUCGGCAACACAGGCGGCAGUCUGCGCAUGAAGCUCAUCUCCGACCAGUUCCCCUCCGGGAUCGUGAACUGGGGCGGGCAGCAGCUUGCGAUGAACGCUUUCCUCCUCGACACGAACGGUAUCCUCUUCGCCGUCAACUUGUUCCUCAUGCUCGUUAUCGGCCCCUACGCAGACUACGGAACGUGGCGCCCCUACAUCCUCAUGACCUCGACUUUCGUCUGCUUUGUCUGUACGUUCUGCCUCAUCGCCACGUACAAGCCGUCGCAGUGGCAGGCGGUCAACGCGCUCUGGAUGAUCGGAAACCUCGCCUUCAACGUCAUGGGCACAUUCUACCAGGCCAACUGGCCAUGGAUCGGCCGUAACGUCCCUCGCAUGCUCAAGGCCGAGCAGGACGUCAAGCAGGGCGUCAUCAGCUCGAAGGAGUUUGAGGAGAUUGACCAGCUCGAGCGUUCCAAGAUCCUCUACCUCUCCAACAUUGUCGGCUCGGGUCUCGUCGUCAUCUUCUACGGCAUUGCCACGGGCGUCGCCUACGCCGUCACGCACAACCGCAUCGACGACGACCGUCUCACCAUCAAGGCGUACCAGGUCCUCCUGGGCUACCUCGGUGUCGUGGUCGUCUGCUGCACCGUGCCCUACUUCUUCUUCCAGAAGUUCCGUCCCGGCCAGGCCAUCCCCGCCAACACCCCCCUGUGGAAGCUCGGCCCCAAGCAGCUGUGGAGCGCGAUCAAGUGCCUCCCGUACCUCAAGAACGCGCUCCUCUACCUCAUCGGCUACUGCAUCAUGCAGGAGGCAUUCGGAGCUGCUGGCGGCAUGACGGGCAUCCUGCAGGCCGAGAAGAUCCACUACAACCCAGUCCAGAGCUCGGCGUGGGGCCUGCUCGCAGACUGCUGCGGUGGCACUGGCAACAUCCUCCUGCUGCUCAUCCACAAGCGAUACCCCAUCAACAUUAAGUGGGGCUGUGUCACCGGCGCGUGCAUUGUCAUGAUGACCGUUAUCUGGGGCGCGAUCGGCUCGCUCACUGGAAAGAUCGGCUACCACCACGUCUGGGAGUUCUACCUCGCGCAGUGCUGGAACCUUUUCACGCCGACCUGGGGCGCCUACAGCACGACAAUGAUCACCGAGGUCGUCCCGGCGCCGAAGCAGUACCUCUUCUACGCGCUCUUCGGCACCUUCUCCCGCGUGUCAGGCUUCACCGGCCCGUUCAUCUGCUCGGCGAUCAUCAAUCGCACCAAGUCGGCCAAGCACCCCCAGGGCAACACCAACAUGGCCUACUGGUUCCCCGUCGGCCUCGGCGCCCUCGGCAUCUUCUUCAUCUGUCUCGUCGACACCAAGCAGGCCAAGAUCGACAACGCCAAGUACCUCGAGAAGGAGGCGCAGGACCUGUACUCGGCCGAGCAGCGCGCGGCGCAGGCCGAGCGUAUCGAGAAGGAGGAGGCCGCGGCGGCUGUCUCGACGGUCAACGAGAAGGCUUAGGUGGUGAGCUGGGUAUAGGAGGAAUGGGCGGGGGUGAAGUGUGGGGAUAUGGGACAAGCAAAACAGGUUGACGGGG